GUAAAUUAUUUUCCGUUUCUUUUGAUUUUGAAUCCAAAAGACUUGUCUGGUUAGACGAAAAAGAACGACUUUGCGUUAGUCAUCUGAUUUUGGAGGGGCAGAAAGAGACCAGCUUUCUGCUCAUUAGCAAAUUUAAAAGAAAUUUAAGUCUGUAUUCAGGCCACGUGCUUGAUCAAAAACGUUGGCGUGCGGAUCUUAUUGCUUUUAAUCGUUCGUAUGUCUGCAUUUCUGGAACUUCUACUGAUAAUAAAAACAUCUUAAGCGUAUUUGAAACUGAUUAUGGGACUUUGUUGCAAUCAGACACUUUUAGCAGUACUGAAAAUAAUGUACUAAAUUCAAAUCAUCUUUCAAAAAAACGCCAUUCCGAAGAAAAAUUAAACUGUUUCCUUUUUAAGAUUCGAGUAGUGGAUUGCGAUUACUUUAUUGCUGUAGACGGAAGCAACGCUACUAUUUUCCCUAUUGUCACGCGCGAGCUUCUUACAGCUGACCUUCUUGGCAAUUUAAACAAAACGAAGCAAUUUUUAAGAGAUCCUGAAAACAUGCUUGCUCCUUUCCAAUCUGAACAAGAUGCGAUCUUGCAAAUGUUGAAAUUAAUGGAACAGAGAAAUGAAGAUGAAUUUAUGAAGGCGUUUUCUGUUUACACGCAAAAAACUUCGGAUUCAAAGAAUUCAGUUUAUUCGUAUUUUUUUGUCUGCAGCUUUCUGCGAGCUUGUGUUGAUCAAAAAGAAAUUUUGCUGGAAAGUGCGAUAAAAACUGUUUUAGAAAGCGGAUUUUGUUCCUAUCAAGCUUGCCCUGAACUUUUAUCUUUUUUACUGGAGCGUAAAGCCAUCGAUUUGCUUGAACUCUAUUUUUUGCACGUGUCUGAUAUUCCUGAGUCCCAAAUAGUCGAUUUACUUAAUUUUGCAGUUAAUCAGGACAACGAUGCCUUUUUAUUGGAAUAUUUUAGUCAACACUGGUCGGUUGCUCGCAAGAAACUGCAACCUCCUUAUGAAAAGCCUGGCGAUGUUCUUCUUGCUUUGGCAUUUUCUUCGGCGCGAAACGAUAAUUUUCUUCUCUCCGCUCUUAAGAAAAUCCCGAUUGAAUCAACGUUGAAGCUUCUGCGUUUUGCCGUUUGCUGGAUUCGUCGUUACGCAAGUAAUGAAGAGCGGGUAGCUAAAAAGUUAACGGCGGCAUUGCGGGCUCCUUCGUAUCUUCAAGUACUGGACUGGUUGGCUGUCCUUUUAGAUUCGCAUCUUCCCCGGCUGGUCCUCUUCGCAGAGACGCGCCAGUGUCUUCUAGAAAUCGCAGGCGUUGUUACUUGCGAGCUUAAAAUUUUAGCAGGACUUUUGGAAAGAGUUAUAGGGACGCUGCUUGGGCAUAAAUUAGAAAAUGAAGUGACUGUAACUAAAUGUUUUAUGGUCCCUCACAGUGAAACUGAACAUGAGGUGGCUGUAAAUAUGGAAUUUCAAACGAAGUUUUAUGAGCUUCAUAAAAAAGUUAACCCUAAAGAAGUGAUAGUGGGCUGGUUUGCCUCCGGCGACAAAAUUAACGAUUAUUCUCUGCUUAUUCACGAAUUUUAUACCAAUCUUUGCUGCGAUCCCGUCCAUUUAACUAUUGAUGUAAUGCUUACUAACGGAGACAUGUCUAUUAAAAGCUACCAGACCAUGAAAUUUGGACAAUUAAAUUCCGAGUCGAACGUUGGAACCGCUUUUUAUUCUCUAGACACCACAGUUAUAUAUGCCGAGAAUGAAGCUAUUGCCGUUGACAUGAUGCAAAAAAAUACUGAUACGGUUAAUCCGUUUUCUAUUAUGACCGAUAAGAAUCAUCUUAAAUCAGCUCUUUCGGAAUUGUUAAAGCUAAUAACUCGCGUCACAACUUAUGUUAAAAGGGCUUUAGAUGGGGAAAUACCUUCUGAUAAACAAAUAAGCCAUAUUUUGUGGGACAUUAUUUCCACUAUUCCCGACGUCGACACUGAAACUUUUGAUAAACUUUUCAAUAAUAAUUUGCAUGACAUGCUUAUGGUCAUGUUUUUGACCAACCUCACUAGAACCCAACUCAAAAUCGCUGACAGACUCUAUAUAGCUCUAUAAAUUUCUAUACCAAUUUCUUGAAUUUCUCCUGAUCGACCGAAUUUGAAUUCUU